UAAGAAUUUGAAGUCUCGAAAAACUACUUUUAUCUUUUUCUUGCGCAACAUAAAGCAAGUUUCAAGCUAAUUUCUCUUACUUUGAUUAUUGUUGUUGUUAGUAUAUCGGUAUUUAUUUUGUUGUUGGGGCUAGAUGGGAAAGAGAAAGAAAUCUAGGGUUUCUCGUGAAGGGGAGGAAGAAGUCGGAGCGGAAGAAGAGCAGCAUCAAGAGGAUAUUGGUCAAUCUUCUGCGAAGGACAAGAGCCUCUAUGAGGUUCUUGGUGUUGAAAGGACAGCCUCUCAGCAGGAAAUAAAGAAAGCAUACUAUAAGUUGGCCUUGCGACUCCACCCUGAUAAAAAUCCCGGUGAUGAGGAAGCUAAAGAGAAAUUUCAGCAAUUGCAAAAGGUGAUAUCAAUUCUUGGUGAUGAGGAAAAACGGGCAGUCUACAAUCAGACGGGCUGUGUUGACGAUGCUGAUCUUGCAGAUGAAGUUGUUAACAAUCUGCAUGAGUUUUUUAGAGCUAUGUACAAGAAGGUCACUGAGGCUGAUAUCGAAGAGUUUGAAGGGAACUACAGAGGAUCUGAGUCUGAGAAAAAAGAUCUGAUCAACUUAUAUAAGGAGUGCAAGGGUAAUAUGAACAGUCUCUUCUGUUCAAUGCUUUGUUCAGAUCCUAAGCUUGAUUCACAUCGUUUCAAGGAUAUUCUUGAUGAGGCAAUAGCUGCAGGAGAAGUGAAAGCAACAAAAACGUAUAAGAAAUGGGCAAAGCAAGUAUCAGAAAGGAAACCACCCACCAGUCCUCUAAGAAAGAGAGGAAAGCCAGGUAAACAGUCAGAAGCAGAUCUUUUUGCUGUUAUAUCUCAGCGUCAGCGUGAGAGGAAAGGCAGGCUUGAUUCCAUGUUCUCGUCUCUUGUGUCUAAAUACGGUGGAGAUGGUGCUGUUCCAGAUCUCACUGAAGAAGAAUUUGAUGCUGCACAGAAAAAGCUCGAAAGCCGUAAAGCUUCUAAGAAGUCACAGCGGAAGUAGCUUUCUCUUGAUGCUUCAAUAUGAUGAUGAUGAAGAUUAUUCACUUGCGGCUUGAUCCCACAGAGGUGAAGCUGAUUACGAUUCCAGUGUAUACUACUAACAAAAUCUUAAAGCUGCUUUCUUUUGCUAUGCGUACGUUUGGAUUAGAAAAAUGAAAAAUCAGGCUUUUUUGUCAAGGUUAAUAUUCCACAUCGGAUUUAUCUCGGAUUUGGAUUACCCAACUGAAUGUUAUAUAAGUAAAGGUGUUGAACUUCUCAUACAAGACGCUUUUUGGGAUCCAUGAAUAACAAAUUUGUGUUAUCUCA